AUGCCGUCGCUGCAAGAGGAAGUGCAUGCCACGCUGCGAGAUGUUGAGAAGCAAACUAUAGACUUGUUUACAGCGAUAUCAGCUUCCUCGUCCUUCACACAAACAGCGCCUACGUCGCAAGUCAAACCGGUGCGUGCGCAGGUCCGACAACUUCAAGAUACCCACCGGCAGUUAUCGCGUUUGGUCGAUCGGGCGGCCGAACACCAAGUGAAUCAGGCGCGUUUGAUACCCCUUCUAGCACAAAUUAAAGAGCGUGAUACGAAGCAAAGAGAUGCGAUUCUUCGUAUUUCGACGUUACGUACGGAGCUCAAGGAAAUGGUCGAAGCCGGCAAUAAGCUAUGGACGCAGACAACAAAAGCAGAAAAAGAUCCACUAUCAGCUACUAUGGUACUCGAGUAUGCGCAGCGGCUCGCGCGCUAUACAUCUGCGCCGCCAGGGUACCAUCUUGCGGAGUUGCAAGCAGGGGCUACGCACAAUGCGCAGAGUGCCCAACAAGCAGACUACAACCCUGAAGCGACAAGAGCUGCUGCCUACUAUGAUCCGGCUAUCCCAUCCAUGCCGCAAGAGAUGCCAUUCCCUAGUGACAGACUUAUGCGGCAAGGUAUACUUUAUGCUGAUGCAGCCAGUGGAGGAAGUAUGCCGGCCGACGCAGCGCCAGGAGCUGCUGCGGACGGCCCUGCACAGGACGAGAACAACAUGGCGCAGGAGCCCGUGGCGUCCCUCACAGCGCUGGAUUCCUUUGCUAUGGACGACGACGAUGCGUUCGAUCUAGAUCUCAAUCCGUAG